AUGGCGGGGGUUACCGGUGACAGUGUGAAGUUGAAGGCGAGUGCAAUAGCGUGGAUGCAGAUUGGAGAUAGAAGGGAGUGGAGGAAGAAGAGUAAGGAGUGGAGGCGGAAAGUCUGCCAUGUGGACAAUCGCCAAAAUCAGACGGUGGUUUCCGACAUGGACGGAACGCUGCUGGUGGGCCGCAGCUCCUUCGCCUAUUUCGCGUUGAUCGCGUUCGACGUGGGAGGGAUCCUGCGGCUGAUGCUGCUGCUCUUGGCGGCUCCGUUUGCCGGCCUUCUCUACCACUUUGUGUCGGAAUCCGCCGGCAUCAAGGUGCUCAUCUUCGCCACGUUUGCCGGGGUGAAGGUGUCGUCGAUCGAGUCAGCGGCCGCUGCAGUGCUUCCCAAGCAUUACUCUGAGGACUUGCACCCGGAGACGUGGCGCGUUUUCGCCUCGUGUGGGAGGAAGUGUGUGCUCACGGCCAACCCCAGGAUCAUGGUUGAGCCUUUCUUGCAGAAUUAUUUGGGCGUUGAUGUCGUGUUAGGCACCGAGAUCUCGUCGUUUAAGGGCGUUGCUACCGGCCUCGUGGCCGGUAACGGCGUGCUGGUUGGGGAGAGCAAGGCUGUUGCUCUUAGAAAGGCUUUUCGAGAUCAAGAAAUGCCUCAUGUUGGACUUGGAGAUAGAGAGACUGAUAUUCCAUUCCUCAAAUUGUGCAAGGAAAAAUACAUGGUACCACUGAGGCCCGGGACGCAGCCAAUGAGACCGGAAACGCUGCCAAAGCCCGUGAUAUUCCACGACGGCCGGCUCGUUCAGAAACCAACACCAUCCCGGGCUCUACUAAUCACUCUAUGGCUCCCAUUCGGGAUUAUAUUAUCAAUUCUACGUGUGUUCACACUUUCGAUAGUACCAAUUUCAAUGAAUCGCUACAUCAUGUACGUGCUCGGGUGCCCAGUAACAACAAGAGGAGCUCCCACGCAUUUCCCCGGGGGCAAGGGCAUGGCCUUCGUGUGCAACCACCGCACCGUCUGCGACGCCGUCGUCGUCUCCUCCUGCCUCCGCCGCAUGACCACCACCGUCUCCUACUCCGUACCAAGCUUCAGCGAGUUCAUAUCCCCAAUCAAAACCUCCAGGCUCACGCGCGACCGCGCCAAAGACGCCCGAUUGAUCGAGCAAAUCUUGAACCAAGGCAAGUUCCUCGUGAUGUGCCCCGAGGGAACAACGUGCCGGGAGCCAUACUUGCUUAGAUUCUCCGCAUUGUUCGCGGAGCUGACCGACCGCAUCGUGCCGGUAGCCCUAUCCAUAAAAACGGGCAUGUUCCACGGCUCCACGGCACGAGGCCACAAAUGGCUCGACCCAUUCUUCUUAUACAUGAACCCUUUUCCGGUCUACGAUGUCACCUUUUUGGAGAUGUUGCCGCCACACGAGACUUGCAAGGCCGGAAAAUCGAGCUUCGACGUUGCAAAUAAUGUUCAAAAAAUGAUUGCCGAGACGUUGGGGUAUAAGUGCACCACUCUUACGAGGAAGGAUAAGUAUGGAAUGUUGGCUCGGACGGAUGGCCUCGUCAACAGCAAAGCUACUGCUUGAUUCAUUAUUUGCUAUUUCGGUUUAAUUAAAAAUACACUUUGCAACA